AUGGCCUCCUCUUCGGGAGGCCCGGACGUCAAGGACAGUGUAUUCUGCAUUAAUUGUCGGCAGCAAAUUCAAUUUAGACUUCAUAUGAAAUGCUGCGAGUGUCCUGCUAUGAUCUGUGCAGAGGCGAGCACUUCAAAAUUUUAUAUUCUCAUAUUUUUUUGCUUCUCUUAUGGAUGUGAAGCGGGUCAGCAUCUUCGAGGACAUAAUUAUGAAAUUUGUGAUCCUCUUGGAGGUAGAACGUUCGAUGUAAAAGGAAGCUGGGGAGCUAUUGAGGAACGCAAGCUUCUAGCUGCAGCCUAUCGGUUCAAAUUAGGCAACUGGGGAGAAGUAACGCGAUUGAUGGAAACGAACCGGCCUAUAAGUCAGGUGCAGGAGUAUUAUGAUCGUUUCUUCAUUCGCGGACCUGUCGGACAGUUUGCCUUGAAGUUGCUCAGUUGGGAAGAGUCAAAACGGAUAAUGCUUGCGGACGGGUCCCUCGUGUAUAAUUGCGAGACUGAUCGUAUCAUCUAUUUGUUAAUGGCGAUGGAUGCAUACAAAGAUAGUAAAGAAAAACUGGAUCCCUGUGAUGAAGACCUCGCAAAUAAAGUUGUCGCUAUUAUGCAAAGCUACACAUUUCAACUGAAUCAUAAUGAUGAAGUGAGCUUCCGUGAAAAUUUUCUCAGUGUUUUGGCAAGUUUCUUUUGUUCGUACUACAAUACGUAA